AUGAUCUGGGAAUUCUCUAUUGAACCCGAUGCGCUAGAACCUCGAGUUGUCGAAGCCCGCUUUGCGCAAGACAAACGUUCGAAUAAACACGAUUUCGUCUCUGAUAUUCCACCGCUCCUACAUACGUGCCGCAGUGCACGAAAUUUCGCCUUCAAGGUAAUCAAAUUACUCUUUAGCAGAAAAAACGAUACACACCCCAUGUACUUCCAUCCCGAAAUCGACAGUCUUUUCCUCCGAGAGUACACCUUUGACGUCGGCUUCCACCAAUCUCUCGCAUUGCUACGAGGUUCGCCAGACAAAGACCAGAUCCAACGGAUCAUGCUCAGCCCCAAUCCCCUCAUAGACAAAUUCCAAAUCGUCGACUUUCCGAACCUCAAGAGCACCGAACCUCGGAAGUGGGAUGCUAUGGACUACGAACAGAUAAGCAAGUUCCCAUUGUACUUUCGAAUCAAAUGGGACGGAUUCAAUGCGAAGGUUGGACGGACGCAUUUCCUCAGUGCGAUUGAGCUUAUUUGCCAUGGGGCGAUGUGGACUUGUAAUGGGCAGAGAUUUCUUGGAACUGUGUCAAGAGAGGCUGUGUUCUUGGGAAUCAGCUGGAAAAGGCCGGAGGAGGGCGAGAUGGCAAGAGUCUGAAGUACGAUUUUAAGGGUGCUAUUUAUGAUAGGAUUUCGGAGGAAAGUAUUUGGUAUGGCAAAACUCACAACACGAGAAGCAGGACGGCGCAGAUGGAUCGAAAAGAC